UUUUUUUUUUUUUUUCCCGGUGUAACCAAGAGCUGCUUUCCCUGGACUGGACAGGCCAAUCUACACUGGAGUAACAGAUUGCUAAUCUCUUAAGCAUGUAUAUUUACAGAUGAAUCGACGCAGCGUGAUUGGGAAUACUGCGCAUCGUCCACCAUGUCGUAAGUUGGUUCCUCCUCGUCCUUCCCUUCCCGGGGAAAAAGAGGCUUCGGUAGUGCGGCGCAAUAACGGCCUUUGCCUCCCCUUGCCCUCUUCGUCCGUAUAUAUAUAGUCCUUGUGUCAUGUGCUUCUUUUACUUCUUUCGUUCUUUGGUCCGUCACAUGUGACUUGCACAGUUGAAUGGCCUUGAGUUUACCCGUUCGUUGAUGAUUCUUACUCGUUCGAUUGGUAUACUUAUAUUGUGUCAUUCCUGUUUCAUCUGAGUCACUGUUCACCAUUCCUUAACACAAUUCACCAUCUCAACUCCUGCUUCUUCUUCCCUGACACUCAGCUAGAACCUCUCCAACCUCCAAACGUGUCAAGGCGUCUCCAUCGACCAGCGCGCCAUCUCACCUGUUAGUUCCGCAGCAGGUCAAUCCAUUUCAAAGAGUGCCUUCAUUCGAGGGCAUUCCUAUGCCCCAACCCCAGCUUUCUCCCCCAAACCCCAAAAAGCGCCGUGCUUCGCCCCAGAUAAGCACUGCGGCAACCAUGACAGCAUCUGGGUCUACAGCCGCUGUGGGCGAGGCCGCGCUUGAACCUGGGCCAGGAGCGCCAGAAGCUCCGCCCAAGAAGAAAGGAAGGACCAACACUCCGUGGACUGCGGAGGAAGAACAGCGACUAAAGACAAUGCGCGAUGCCGGUCGCAGCUGGAGUGAGAUUGCUAAGACAUUUCCUGCUCGAACCGAAGGGAGUGUUAAGAAGCACUGGUAUAAGGAUAUGCACUAUGCCGAGUUUGAUGAAGAUGAGUCUAUAGCACUCCGCGAGGCAAUCAAGGAAUAUGAGGCGAGCAAAUGGAAAGUCAUCGGGCAAAAAGUUGGAAAACCGGCAAAAGCAUGUGAACAGUAUGCGAAAGAGCACUUUAAGGACCUCUAGACGUUCGGCGGAAUUUGACGAAGACAUGAUUAUCAGUGCAUGAGAUAUCUGAAACGUUCGUUCAUGUUGCUGGGGAACUGGGUUCGCGCAACGGCGAUGCAUGCUCUUUUAUUUUCAAUUUCUAUUUGGCAACAAUUUGCACACUACUUGGCGAAGUGCUUGGAGUUGGCCUUGCUGUCCUUUCGUUUUGUUCUUCUCUUCUCUUCCUUUACACUUGGAAUACCCCACUUGCCGUUUACAACUCUUGAUUCGCAAGCCAUGAUAACCCUCUAAACCAAUGCGAUGAACCUGCCUCAUAUCCAAGCCUUGAAGAGGCACAAAUAGACCGACCCGUCAGUGCUUCUACCAAUAUGCCGUCUUAACAAACGACUGUAGAUAUUGCGCCUAAUUCAUAUGUAAUCGGCGAUCAAUCUCUACACUAGCAACUGGAAGCUCCAUGAGUUCCGCACCUAUGUCAUUUUAUGUAUGUUGAGUUCUCCAUGAUUCAAAGGUACGUCAAUAACGGUGGUAGCCUAUCAUUGGCGGAAUCCGCUAUCGGAGCGGAGAACCGAACGACUUCCCCGCGGCAAGAAAGUGGGAAUCUUUCUUCCCUCUCAGAAUAAAAAAGGUGACAUUCCCUU